AUGCCUCUCAGAUUCGAUAAGCUGCCUCUACUCGUUCUAUACCUAGUCUUUGAUUAUAUUCGUGCAUCAGCGAAGACUCUAUGCAGUCUGGCUUUAGUGAAUCAGGCCUGCAAUAAUUUCGUUGCCCCAUUCCUUUAUGGGAAUCUGGAGAUCAACAUCUCCUCGCCACCGAAGCUCCUCGAAGAUUUGGCAAAAAUUGAAGAAAGCCCUCGUCGCAAAGGAUUGACAAAAUAUGUGCGCCACCUCAGAAUCUUGGGUUGUAUGCAUUUGAGCACGAGUGGGUAUAAUUCUCAAUGGAUCCCUGUCUACGAUGACAAUCACAGAAAACGCCAUGAUGCAGUCAAUGAAUACCUCGGAAAGGAUUCGAGUGAUGGGUCGGAAGAGGAUAUAUCCAAAGCCUGGACCCCUCUCGCCGAGAUGAUUCAGAAAUGUCAGCAUCUUAGAGAGUUGAUCUGGGUCUGUCCUAAUCAGCUUCCGCCGUGUAUAUUAAAGGCCGUUCAACAGUGUCAUCCAGCGUGUCAUCUCGACAUGCGGUUUUUCCUUCUCCGAAGUCUAAGAGAUGCCGCCACCACCCCACAUGAGCUAGAUCUGGUUCAAUCUCGCUGUCUGCACAGCAUCACUAUGACAACUGUCCGUAGUGAGCUGCACCAAAAGCCAGGUGACAAUGAAAAGGCCAUAUUCGAGGUCAUUACUCUGGCCCCCAAUAUCAAGCACCUCAAUGUGAUUUAUGUCCCAUAUCGCAGGUUACGGGACAGGACGCCGUCAUCAUGGAAAGGAUUCGUGCCACCUCCAAAUCAUUCAUAUAAAGGGGCUCUUGUCUCACUUUCGUAUUUCGGGAGAUCCGGUGUAUCAGUGGAGGACAUUGCAAAAUGGUCUAAUUGCACUGACAUGUCCAAGAUACGCUAUCUGAGACUUGGGGGUGUGUCGGAUCCCCAAGUAUUCGAACACUUAACGCAGAGUGUCAAGUCCAUGUCUCUUGAUCUUCUAGGCCUGGCAGUAUAUCUGAACCAUAAUGCCAACGAACAGCUUCUUUAUGCCCUGGAGUGUCUCCUAGAACAGUUAAUCCCCCUUAAGGAGUUUAGCCUUCGAGGGUGUUUUCCGGUAUCUAUACUUGAUAAACUCUUUCAUCGUCACGGACCGACACUGCGAAAACUGGACUUAUACCCUCUCUUGCGCAGUACUGGCCCAUGGAAUGAAAUUACAACGGUCGACUCAGAAGUGUUUCGUACGAUCCAGAAUCAAUGUCCGAUUCUCGAAUCGCUGACUAUUUAUACACCGAACUCCGCUGCCGAGGUCCUGGACGACCGCAGCCUCCAGAGAGUCUGCCCGUCGCUUCCGUACCUCUAUGAACUGGAAUUGUGUGUCGCAUAUCCAUAUUUUUCUAUGCCAGAAGGGACUCCCCGCAAGAUUUGGGACUUGAUUGAACGACACAAGAGAGGGUGUCGUUUGAACCGUCUUAUAAUAUCCGACCUUACUACCACCGUCAUCCUGAGUACACGUGAAGGUGAAAUGAAUGGGGAGGUUGAAUCACUUUCUUUGGGUAAAGACAUAUGGGAAGAGCUCAAAGAGGCCAAGGCUCUUCAUGGGGAUUCAGCAGUAGAAUACUAUUAUCAGGUCUGA